GCCUGGACACCCGGGGCUGUAAGUUGCCUUUGCUGCUGGGAGCACGGGAGCCGACGUUCGUCCUUGUCUUUCCCCUUCCCCGCCCCGCGAUCUCCUGCUCGCCCCGCAGCGCCCCUCCGGCGUCCCGCCGCCCUCCCACGGUCCCGACAGCGGAGCUUUGGGAUGCCUCGAUACGAGCUGGCUUUGAUCCUGAAAGCCAUGCAGCGGCAAGAGACCGCCACUGCCCUGAAGCGCACGAUACAAGCCCUAAUGGAUAAAGGCGCAGUAGUGAGAAGUUUGGAAAACCUGGGUGAAAGGGCACUUCCAUAUAAGAUCUCCAUACAUAAUCAACGCCAUCACAGAGGAGGGUAUUUCUUGGUGGAUUUUUAUGCACCGACAACAGCUGUUGAGAGUAUAAUGGAACACUUAUCCAGAGACAUUGAUGUGGUCAGACCGAAUAUUGUGAAACACCCACAGACCCUACCAGUGAAAGAGUGUGAAGGCAUUGUUCCUGUUCCUUUUGAAGAUAAAUUAUAUUCCAAGAAGAAAUAAAUAGAAGAUCUGGCUGGUUGCAGCCGUAUUUCUAAUUCCAUGACAAAACUAUGCCAUUUAUUAUCAGUUCACUAUUUGUGACCUUUAAUUGUGUAACAGCUUUGUAAUUAACAAAUGGCAAGUGUACUUUUAAUUUUUUAAAGUCAAUAUGUUCAUAUAGUAGUAAAAUUAAUAUAAUAAUAAAGUAACCUUGGACGUCUCUUCUCAGAAAGCUGUGACUUGCUCAAGGCAAGUUGCCCAGUUAUUCUCAGACCCAUGUAAGGCCAUAAUAUCAUUAUUUUCUAAAGUCAUUUUUCUCUUUAAAAAAAAAAGAGAAGAAUAUUCAAAUUGUAGCAUCAAAGUUGUAAUCAUUGUUGAAAACUGAAAGAAAGGUGAAUAACACCAUCAGAAGGACAGAUGUAUUAAAACUGUCUUGAACUGCUAGGGACUUUGGUUCUAGCCAAUCAUAAUCAUACUGGGUAACCAGGCAUAAAUUGAUAUUUAAAACUACUGUGUAAUAUUUGUACAAAUUCCUUUUGAAUAGGGUAAUAAAAUGAUUUUAAAAAUUAA